CUCACGCAGGCCUCAUUAUCCCAGUCGCCUGACGUCAUCCGACCGUGAUCCCGCCCCCUCUCCAGGGUGACGUCAGCGCACGGCCUCCGGAAGGUCGGUCGGGUGCGGAUCGAAGGAGCGUCGCCGAGCGAGAGGCCGAGGGCCCGGCGCCGAGGCUGAAGGUGCCUGAUCUCACAGGUCUGGACCAAGCAACCCGGCUUGGACAAACCCAGAGCAAGAUGAACGCCUUCGACAGAAACCUGAACUUGGACGGUCUGUUCAAAUUCUCCCAGAUAUCCUACUCCACACAGCAGCACCUGAAGAAGGUCUACUCCUGCCUGGCCGUCUGCAUGUUCCUGGCAGCAGCUGGAGCCUAUGUCCAUGUGGUGACCAGGCUCUUUCAGGGCGGCCUGCUGUCCACACUGAUCUCCCUGGGCCUCAUCGUCUGGCUGGCGUUAACCCCUCACAGCCCGGGCACCGAGAAACGCAGGCUGGGCAUCCUGUCUGCAUUCGCCUUCUUCACAGGUACUGGACUGGGCCCCCUGAUCGAUUUCGUCAUUUCUAUCAACCCAUCCAUCAUCCCGACGGCCUUCCUGGUGUCUGCCCUGGUGUUCUGCUGCUUCACGCUCAGCGCCCUGUAUGCCCAGCGCCGCAGCUACCUGUUCCUGGGAGGUACCCUGAUGUCUGUCCUCACUAUCCUCUGCUUCGUGCCACUGGUCAACCUGUUCUUUGGAUCGGUCCUGCUCUUCAAGGCCCAGCUGUACGUCGGCCUCCUGGUCUUCUGUGGCUUCAUCCUGUUUGACACCCAGCUGAUCAUCGAGAAGACAGAGCACGGGGAUAAGGACUACAUUUGGCACUGUGUGGACCUGUUCAUGGACUUCAUCGCAGUCUUCAGAAAGCUCAUGUUGAUACUGGGCAUGAAUGAGAAGGAGAGGAAGAGGAGGAGCAACUCCAAGUGAACGCCAAUCACCCCCUCCCCAAGGAUGAUCCCCCUGCCCCCCCCCCGCUACUCAUUAAACAGAAUGAUUGAGAUGGAUGUCCUGCGUCUGCUCCUUCCCUGAGCCACCUCUGGGGUAUCCACCCUGCCCCUUCCCCAGCCCCACCUCACACCUCUCUACCUGUCUGAGUGGCCAGGCCCGCAGGCUCCCCCCACACAACCGAGCUCUGGGACCUCGGGGCCGGUUUAUGGGGGCCUGGUGCCGGGCACUGGGCAGUGCCAGCCCGUACCAGGCCUGACUUCCCUCCCCACUGCUCCUGCUAUGCCCUCUCCAGAAGUAAGCUAUGGAAAUGCUACCUGUCCCCUCCCACUGCCCCUCUGCUCCCUGCCACCCCAGCCCCCUCCCUGUGUGACCUGAACCACUCUAGAGGUGCCAUGAUGGUGUGUAACUCCCUGCUCUGCCCCUCCUGUGAGCCACUAUCCGUGUGACACACACACCUGCGGUCUGCUCUGAACAUUUGAUUUUAAAAGUUAAUUACUACACUGGUUUCUAAUAAAUGGACGUUUUUGCCUUGUA